UCAAAAAUUGAUUAGAGAAAAUGGCGGCCGAAUGUGUGUCGGUAAAUAAUAAAUGGAAUUGUUUUUACAAAGUUACUCAUUCAUCAAUGGUGAAAUGUAAUAAUCUAAUCAAGUGGAUAUAAGCGAAGUGCUAUCAGACGUAAACAUUAAAAGUGUGUGAUUUGUGUUUAGAAUUAUGUAAGAACAAAGACGUAAAUCGUUGUUGUAUGACUUUAGCGUCAUUACUAAAUACAAAUGCAUAAAAAUGGGAUACUCCCAUUUACUCACGAUUGUGACUCUCGUGUUAUUGAUACGAAUAUCAGUACAAAAUGAAAACGUCGAAUGUCCUCACAAAUGUGACUGUUUAGAACAAUAUGUAGACUGUUCAAGAAAAAAUUUGGUGUCAGUGCCAAGAAUUCCAAAGUGGGUGGGGAAAUUAGACCUAAGUUACAAUAAAUUAAGCAAGGAUGUUACCACAGGAUUUGAUGCCUUGUUAUCCUUAGAAACACUGAAAUUAGAUAAAAAUGCAUUGACUAGUAUUCCAAACUUUAUGCAUCAAAAUCAAUUACAAGAAGUCAGCCUCAAUAGGAACAAUAUAAGUUCGAUAGACACUGGGCAUUUUCCUGUGAAUAGUACUAUCAAGACAUUAAGCCUAAACAGUAAUCACAUUAAAGUGAUAGAGGAAGGAGCUCUUAAUAAUUUGACUAACUUGGUGACUUUAAAGUUGAAUAGAAAUGAAAUUGUAUCACUGCCUAAUCAUCUGUUUAGGAAUCAGUCCAACUUGAAAAUUUUAGAACUGAAUCAUAACAAACUCCAUGUCAUCACCGGUCUGCUCUUUCAAGGACUAUCCAGUUUGAGUACCCUGAAAAUAAAAUAUAAUAAUAUUGAAAAUAUAAUGGAUGGAGCAUUUUUUGGAUUUAAAUCUGUGAACUUGUUGCAAUUGGAUCAUAAUAGAAUACGGAGUAUAUCUAAAGGUUGGAUGUAUGGCCUGGAAUCUUUAACUAUGCUAUCCUUAUCAAAUAAUUUAAUAUCCCAAAUUGAUUUUAGUAGCUGGGAACUAUGUACCAGUCUAGAAGAAUUAGAUCUGUCUCACAAUUAUUUAAUAGAGAUAGAAGGGCGCACAUUUCAACAUUUAACCAACCUCCACACUCUCAAUUUGAGUAACAAUAAUAUAUCUUCUAUAUCCCAGGAGGCUUUUAGCCACAUGGUGCAGUUACAAGCACUUCUUCUAAACAGUAACAAAAUAUCCUGGACGGUUGAAGAUAUGUCAGGCCCAUUUUCAAAACUACAGAACCUUAUGAAGUUCAAUCUAUCUGCUAAUCACAUCAAAUCAAUUAGUUCAAGAGCUUUUGAAGGGUUAUCUAAUGUUGUAGAAUUAGAUUUAAGAGCUAACAAUAUCACCUCAAUUCAACAGCAUGCUUUCAAUACAAUGUCCAAAAUAAGAAAAUUGUAUUUGAACUCAUCAUCUCUAUUAUGUGAUUGCAACUUGCUGUGGAUGGUUAAAUGGAUUAGAGAUAAAGUUGAACAAAAAUAUGUCACUGCAACAUGUGCUUACCCAGCAGAAGUGCGAGGAGUUGUUAUCUCCCGACUAAAGGAAGAUAAUUGUGGGGAUUCGCCUAAGCCAAGAAUUAUUGAACACCCCAAGUCACACCUGGCAAUAAAAAAUCGGCCUGCAAAUUUAGUUUGUUCAGCCACAUCCAAUCCAUUCAGUAACAUGACAUUUUUGUGGCGAAAAAAUAAUGGCAAUGUCAGCAGUCCCAGAGUAUAUGAGAAUGUCACAGUAACAGAACAUGGGAAACAUCAUGCCACUUCUGUAUUGUUUAUACCCAAUGUGACUCAUUCUGAUUCAGGUAAAUACCAGUGUGUGGUCAGUAAUAAAUUUGGAACAACAUACUCUUCCAAAGCAAAAGUUAAUAUUGUUACAUUUCCCCGGUUUGUCCGGACACCAAUUAAUGUGACUGUGAAAACUGGUGAGACUGUUAAACUGAAAUGUGCUGCGACUGGUGACCCUCCACCAGAAAUAUCUUGGAAAAAAGAUGGUGGAAAUGACUUCCCUGCGGCAAGAGAGAGACGCAUGAACGUUAUGCCAAGUGAUGAUCUGUUUUUCAUUGUUAAUGCUAAAACAACAGAUGUUGGAAUAUACAGCUGUGCUGCAAAAAAUUCAGCUGGAACUAUUAUUGCUAAUGCAACCUUGUCAGUCUUACAAGAACCAUCUUUUAUUAGAGUAAUGGAGAAUAAAGAAGUCACAAGUGGGGAAUCUGUAGUUCUCCAGUGUAUGAUAACAGGUUCACCAAAGCCAGAACUUAAAUGGCUAAAGGAUGGCUCUUCAAUAGUUCCCACCGAACGUCACUUCUUCACUGCAGAUGAUCAAGUACUUGUUAUUAUCGGAGCAGAGUCCAGUGAUGCUGGUCAUUAUGAAUGUGAAAUCACCAACGAUCUGGGCACUAAAAAAGACAUGAUAGAGCUGAAAGUUCUUCCUCCAGUAGCUAUUAUGGUCAAGGAAGAAGACAUGACGGGUAUUAUAAUAAUAACAGUGGUGUGCUGUGCAGUGGGAACCUCAAUCAUAUGGGUGGUAAUUAUCUACCAUACAAGAAGACGUAUGGCAGGUGCAGUCCGUAACAACUUUCCAUCUGAAAGUGUGAAAAUGACAACAGUUGUGCAUAGUGACAGUGACUCUCCUCAUAAUAUGUUCCCUGACAAUGUGUCAGAGCACUCAUCGUGUAAGGACAGUGGGACCGGUGACUCGGCUAAACAAACAAGCUUUGAUGGAGUGCCCACAGAUAGAAGUGAGCAGGUACAUUUUGAAACAGCUGUGUGUAGAAGUUAUUCUCCAGUGCCAGAAGCACAUAAGCUUCUUCCUUCAUCAUUUAAGCCAUCUAUACAAGUGUGCUAUGGUGGCGGGCAACCGGGCUACGGCGGCGGGCAACCGGCAGGACAGUUGGAAAUUGGCCACGGUCCGUACCCGUCAAUAGGCGCGGGAGGUGCCAUUUCCCCCCAAGUGCAACAAUGGUUCACUGCAGUAGACAAGGACCAUUCUGGUUUUAUAUCGGCAACAGAGUUAAAAUCAGCGUUGGUUAAUGCCCAAGGUCAAUCUUUUUCGGAUGCUGCGUGUAACCUAAUGAUUGGUAUGUUUGACAAAGAUCGCUCAGGACACAUCAACUUGGAAGAGUUCGACAAAUUGUAUACAUACAUAAACCAAUGGCUUGCCGUAUUCAAGACUUACGAUACAGAUCAGUCUGGACACAUCGAUGAGCAGGAGUUAUCAAAAGCACUGUCACAAAUGGGUUUUCGGUUCACGCCAGAAUUCGUCAACUUUUUAUCAAAAAAGUCCGAUCCUAAAGAUGGUAAAACAUCGGUAGACAAUUUCAUAGUUCUCUGCGUACAAGUGCAACGUUUUACUGAAGCGUUCAAACAGAGAGACACGCAACAAAACGGGACAGUGACAAUUGGUUUUGAAGAUUUUCUUAACGUUGCACUUAGCUGCUCCAUAUGAAUACUAUAUAAGCAAUGAAAUACUGCUACCGGACCAACCAUAAAA